AUGUCUGAAGAAGUGACCUACGCGACACUCUCAUUUCAGGAUUCUGUUGGAGUGAGAAAUAACCGGGAUAAAAAUAACCUAAGGAAAAAAGGGUAUCCAGCUCCAUCCCACACGUGGCGUUGGGCGGCCCUGACUCUGCUAACUCUUUGUCUGUUGCUGCUGAUUGGGCUGGCGACCUUGGGGAUUAUGUUUUUGCAGACCUCUAAUGAAACUGGCUCAGAUUCAGAGAAAUUGAGUGAACUUCAGAAAACCAUCCACCAAGAGCAAGAUAACUUACCCCAGCAGCCGAGCAACUACAGGAACUUUCCCACGGAGGAGGAAUUGCUUAAAUCACAGGUCUCCGAUCUGUUGAAGAAGCAGAGACAAAUGGCCACCAAACUCUGCCAAGAGCUAGUCAUUCACACCUCAGACCACAAAUGUAAUCCUUGUCCUAAGAUGUGGCAAUGGCACCAAAACAGCUGCUACUAUUUUGCAACAAAUGAAAAAACCUGGACUAACAGUAGAAAAAACUGCAUGGACAAGAACUCCACCUUGGUGAAGAUAGACAGCUUGGGAAAAAAGGAUUUUCUGAAGUCACAACCAUUACCCAAGUCUUCAUUCUUCUGGCUGGGAUUAUCAUGGGAUCCAACUAGCAGAAGUUGGCUAUGGGAAGAUGGCUCUGCCCCAUCUCCAUCCUUAUUUAGUACUAAAGAAUAUGCCCAGUUCAAUGGAUCCCAAGGAUGCGCUUAUUUUCAAAAAGGAAAUACCUAUACUUCCCGCUGCAGUGCCGAAAUUUCUUGGAUUUGUGAGAAGACAGCUGAGUUAGUGAAGAUUGAAGAUUUGGAUUAA